AUGGAUCAAAUGGUGCUAGGCUCUCAAGUGUAUCCCUACACGGUCCAAACCCAACAUUCACAGUGCAUCAUCAUGAACCAGAUCGAUGGAUCAUCAUCACUUUCAGGCGAAGGAACAAAGCCGGUGAAGCGGCGGAGGAAGAGGAGGAGCAAAGAUUCAUCAGCCACAAACGAAGAUGACGUGGCGGAGAUCGGAGGGAUCAUGUUGAGGAAGAGAAAGUUGACGGAUGAGCAAGUGAACAUGCUCGAAUACAGCUUCGAGAACGAGCACAAGCUAGAGUCGGGAAGGAAGGAGAAGAUCGCCGGAGAGUUAGGUCUUGACCCGAGACAGGUGGCUGUUUGGUUCCAGAACCGCCGUGCACGGUGGAAGAACAAGAAACUCGAGGAAGAGUACGCUAAACUCAAGAGCCAACACGACACCGUCGUCCUCGGCCAAUGUCAGCUCGAGUCUCAGGUGUUAAAGCUGACAGAACAACUGAGUCAAGCUCAAAAUGAAAUUCGAAAACUAUCAGAACGGCUUGAAGAAAUGUCAACAAACAGUUCAAGUCCAUCACUCUCCGUUGAAGUCAACGAUGCACCAAUUGAUUUCGAGUUUGCUCCAGAAACUAAUUAUAACAUCCCAUUUUAUAUGGUAGAUAAUAAUUAUAUACAGAAUAUGGAGUAUUGGGAUGGUUUGUAUGUAUUCAACAACUAA